UUGUGAAACCCGACCCAGCUCGAGGAGAGGCGGGAUUCCGCCCAGUGCUGCAGCUGCUGUCAGGCUGUUGCGCGGAGCGCGUGGGGACCGUGGAAUUCGCCGGAGCUCUUUCCACUGCGCGGCAGCAGAAUCAGGGGAGGCGAGAUAUUGGAGGGAGCUGCCUGCCGCUCUUAAUAACGCGGCUCUUCUUUGCUAGCGGCGGCAGCUCCUUGCUGGUGCGUUGCAGGCGGUGCUGCGGAGCCCCCAGCGCAGGGACUGCGACUGCGGCGGCGCUGCUGCCGAAGGAGGGAUGGAUGUAGCGUCGGAGUUGUACUACCUGGCCGUCCCGCUGCUCUUCACCGUCUUGGCCGUGAUCCUCGCCUCGGUCUUUGUGAAGCUGAGGACCGGCUCGGAGGGCGACAAAGCGGCGGCGGCCCCGGGAGGAAGCGAACUCCGAGAGGCCGUCGAGGAGAGCGCUGCGGCAGAGCCGGCGGACGGGGCAGAGGGCGGCGAAGCGGGAGCGGAGGAGCCGGGCGCAGCGGGGCCUCCUCGGCUUCAUGAGGAGGGAGGCGGGGAAGUGAAGGGCGAGGGGAGAAGGCGCCCCGAGGAGGAGAUCGGGGCUGCCGAAGAAGGGGGUGAGGAGGAGGAGGAGGAGGAGGAGAAAGAGCAGCGCCAGGAGAGAGGCAGCGAGGAGGACGAAGACGCCGCCACCGCCUCCUCCUCUAGGACUGCCCAAGCCGGACAGCAGAGCCACCCGCAGGAGGUCAAGAUCCCCAGGCAGGCGGCGGCGGCUGUCGCUGCUGCUCCGGUGGCGGUAGAAGAAGAGCAGGAGGAAGAGGAGGAAGAAGAGGAGGAGGAGGAAGAGGAGGAGAGCAAGGAAGAAGAUCAGGAAUCAGAAAAUGAGAAACUAGUGGUGAGGGAACCUGAGACUGAAGACGCAGAUGAACAGUUCUCCUUUAAAUAUAGUCCUGGAAAACUGAGAGGAAACCAGUAUAAAACCAUGAUGACCAAAGAAGAACUUGAAGAGGAACAAAGGGUCCAAAGAGAACAACUGACUGCCGUCUUCACCCUCUUAAAGGAAAAAACAGAUACAUUUGGGGAGAUGUCUGAAACUGACAUCAAAGAACAGCUUAAGCUUUAUGACAUGUAGACUGCAAGUCACCACCGUUUGUUUUUAAUUCUUUAGAACGCUGGAGGCUGCAGGACUUUCAGCAAAAAUACGUAGAACAAGAUAAUGUUUGCGUUUUGGCCUAUUAAAAAUAUUCAAUACUAGCUUUUAUUCUGAUUUUUGGGAACUUAUUUUUCCUAGAAGAAAAAUGUCCUCUGGUUUUUUUGUUUGAAUAUAUACCAACUGCUAUCCCAAUCAACGCUCCAUACACUCGAAGAUAACCUUAGUGCUGCAUGAAGAUUCAAUGUUUCUGAACUCAGCUGAAACAAGAUAAUUGUUUUGAAAUGAUCUGUUUUGAGAUAAUGUAACCAAUUAGGUAGAGUAAUAAAUGGUGGUUAGAAACAUAUUAUUGCUGGCAGCAAAGUAAAUAAUGUCAGCUACUUUCUCAACAUAUUAUCUCCCAUUUAUUUCCAAAUAAAUCAUUUUCUUAAUUGGCA